GACAGGACGCCCCUGGAUGGAGCAAUCCGGGUUACUAUGUCAGGGGCAAGUCAGUCAGGUUGAAGUCAUGGCUGAUCUUAAAAAACAACCCCCAAUCUAGGUAUAUAUAUACAAGAUGCCGUCGCCCAAUUUGAACCUCAACCUCAAACUCAACUUCAACAAACACCUUGUCAUCUUGCAUCUUCAACCCGAGCUCCUACCUACAGGGACCUGUUCCUCCUACCUCAACCCAUUUGCAUCUACACAAGUCGAAUAAAUCGAUCACCCAAUGAAAUUCAUUUUCAACUUGGCCAUCGUUGCCAUCCUAGCUAGCCAGACGGCAGCUUUCCUCUUCUUCCCAAUCGUCAUCCCCUUGUUCAAACCAAGGCCUUGGAUCACUCUUGGUGGUGGCGGCGGCGGCGGCGGCGGUGGCGGAGGCUCGCAAUGCCCACCCCCAAAUUGUCCCAUGCACCCGGACUGCCGGCAGAGAGUACGGGACAUCAGCACGUGCCAACGCAGUGGCCAGACUGCCGUUUUCAAUGCGGACGGAUCUAUGAACGGCUGCGUCUAAACGACCUAUUUCCUGCUGGUCAUCAGCAAGCGAGACGUCAACCGCAG